GUGAGCGGAGUGCUCAGCCUGGCUGGGCUGGAGGCUGCUCGCUCUUUGAUCCUCCUUCUCCCGGGGACAGGAGCGGGCCUGGGAGGCCCGGCCAGCUCUGGCAGAGGGUCUGUCUGGCUAAGCCAGUAUUAUUGCUAUCCUAAUGAUAGUAAUUUGGCUCAAAGAAAAAUGCGUUGGAAGCAAAAUUGUUGCAUAAUUGCCUCCAAGGCUGCUGGCCAACUACGGUUCCACAAGCCUUCCAGAGAGUGAAACCUGGGAAGAUGCUCUCCGUUCUAAGAUGUACAUUACCCUUGGAAGCAGUCAUAAAAUUCUGGCUUUGGUGUUGGACCUGUCCUUUUCCUACUGCCCCCCCUUUCCGAGUUGCAAACCUGACUGGACCACUGGACGCUUGAGAACUCAGUACCUCGUCGGUAGCUUGCAAAUCUGCAGGCAAUGAUGUAGGCUGAAUUUUUAUUUAAAAAAAAAAAUUGCUGAACACUUCUUAACUAGACAGAACUUUUUAGUAUCAUUCAAUGCCUAACAUUGCAGAAGGUGAAAGGGAGAAUGGUUCUGGACACAAAGAAAACAGACCUGAAAAGAAAUCUUCAGAAGCUACUCUUCAUAAUGAUGUAAAGCCAUAUUGCACUUCAGAUGCAUCCGCUGUGUCACUGGGUCCUACUGGAGAUGGGCAUUAUCCAUGGGGAUGUCCUGUGACUCACACCCGAGAAAAAAUUUAUACCAUCUGCUCAGACUAUGCUUUUUUAAACCAGGUAACGUCCGUUCGUAAAAGUCCAAGUGCUACAGUUAAUGCCUGCCUAUCAGAUAGUGCUGCCUUAAAUGUUGGAAAUAAUACACCUAACUUCAUUGGCAUUCAAAGUGGAGCUUCUGAGAUAAUCUACAAUGAAGACACUAACUUGGAAAAUUUAUCUAGUAGUCUUGGAAAGCUUCCACUGGCCUGGGAAAUUGACAAAUCAGAGUUCAAUGGAGUGACCCCAAAUCUGAAAAACAGAGCAGGAAACAUGAAGAAACAAGCAACAAAGAAAAAAUCUUUGGACAAAAAAAGCAAACAAUACAGGGAGUGUUCUCAACAUUCCACUGUUGAAGAAAUAAAGCAGCGGAAAGUGCUCGACCUCAGGAGAUGGUACUGUAUUAGCCGACCACAAUAUAAGACUUCCUGUGGAAUUUCCUCUCUAGUAUCUUGCUGGAAUUACUUAUAUAGCACACUGGGAGCUGGAAACCUACCACCUAUUACUCAAGAAGAAGCCUUGCAUAUUUUGGGCUUUCAACCCCCAUUUGAGGAAAUUAGGUUUGGUCCCUUUACAGGAAAUACAACUUUAAUGAGGUGGUUUAGACAGAUUAAUGAUCAUUUCCAUGUAAAAGGCUGUUCAUAUGUUCUAUAUAAACCUCAUGGGAAGAACAAGACAGCCGGAGAAACUGCUGCAGGGGCCUUGGUAAAGUUAACACAAGGACUGAAAGAUGAGUCGAUGGCCUAUAUUUAUCAUUGCCAAAAUCAUUAUUUUUGUCCAAUUGGAUUUGAAGCUACCCCUGUAAAAGCUAGUAAAGCAUACAGAGGUCACCUCUUGCAACAAGAAGUGGAAUAUUGGAUCUUAAUUGGAGAACUAAGUAGAAAACACCCUACCAUUCACUGUAAAAAGUGGGUAGAUAUUGUUACUGACCUGAACACUCAAAAUCCAGAAUACUUAGAUAUUCGACACCUGGAGAGGGGUCUGCAGUAUAGAAAAACAAAGAAGGUAGGAGGAAACCUGCAUUGUAUCAUUGCUUUUCAGAGACUUAACUGGCAAAGGUUUGGUCCUUGGAACUUCCCAUUUGGAAACAUUAGACGAGAUAUACAACCACAAGCACAGGGAAUUGCCAAAUCUGAAAGCGAAGACAAUAUCACCAAGAAACAGCAUGGACAUCUGGGUAGAUCUUUCAGUGCUGGUUUCCAUCAAGAGCCCAUGUGGAAGAAGAUGUAUAAUCUUCAUGAGAGGAGGAACAGUGGAUAUCAGAGUUAUACUGAUUAUGAUGGGAAUGAUAGGGCCAGGAAUGAGCAGCUGGAGGAGGAAGUGCAACAUCAGCAGAUAAGAGGAAGAACAAUGGGAGUUCAAGGACUUUGGAAACUGCUUGAAUGCUCUGGAAGACCUAUAAACCCAGAAACUUUGGAAGGAAAAAUUCUUGCUGUUGAUAUUAGCAUUUGGUUGAAUCAAGCGGUAAAAGGAGCAAGGGACCGUUAUGGUAACACCAUACAAAAUGCUCACCUACUCACUUUGUUCCAUCGACUCUGCAAGUUGUUAUUUUUUCGAAUCCGGCCUGUCUUCGUUUUUGAUGGAGAGGCACCACUACUGAAGAGGCAAACUUUGGCUAAACGAAGACAAAGAAAAGAAUUGGCAGUCAGUGACUCUAAGAAAACUACCGAAAAACUCUUGAAAACUUUCCUGAAAAGACAGGCUAUCAAAACGGCUUUAACAGGCAAAAGCAAUGAAGCACUGCCCAGCAUUUCACAAGUUCGAAGAGAAGAAAUUGAUGAUAUGUAUGUAUUGUCUUCUUUACAAGAGGAAGAAAAAAAGAGUUCAGAAGACGAGGACGAAAAAGAGUGGGAAGAGAGAAUGAGCCAAAAAAAAAUAUUGCAGGAAGAAUUCUUUGACAAUCCUCAUUCUGUAGACAUUGAAUCAGAAGACUUCAGCAGUCUGCCUCCAGAAGUGAAACAUGAAAUCCUAACGGACAUAAAGGAGUUUACAAAGCGACGAAGAACAUUAUUUGAGACAAUGCCAGAGGAGUCCAAUGACUUCUCACAAUACCAACUUAAGGGUUUGCUAAAAAAAAACAACCUCAAUCGAUACAUAGAAAAUGUGGAAAAAGAGAUGAGUCAGCAGGACUCAGGCCAUAUCCAAACCCAAUAUGAAAAUGAGGGGGGCUUCAUGAAAGAAGUGGAAAGCAAGAGGGUAGUCUCUGAAGAUACUUCUCACUACAUUCUGAUAAAAGGUAUUCAAGUAAAGGAAGCCACCAGUACACACUUAGAAACUCUUUCAGUUGGGCAUUCUUCCACAAGACCUAAAUAUAAUAUACCUGAUAAAAUACAUAAUGAAAUGAAUGCUAGUACCAAACCACCUUCACCUGAAAAGUUAAAGACAGAGAAGGCUAUCAAUGCAGUUGGAGCACCACCUUCUCCCAGAACUUUGCUUGCUAUACAGGCAGCUAUGUUAGAAAGCAGCUCAGAAGAGGAGCCAGAGGAUGAAGAUAAAAGGCAGCUGAAUUUGGACCAAGCCACUCUCUGCCCCGGUAUAGUUGAAGGCAAUGUAUCACCAAGAACACUACAGGCUGUUCAGCAAGCUCUAUGUGGUGGUGGUGAUGAUGUCAGAGCAGUUAUUACCACUAGUGCUGAUAGAACACGAAUGGAGAUGUCAGGGGUGAAGGAUCUUAUUAGUAGUUCAGAUGAGGAAGAUGAGGUUCCUAAAAUUAAGGAUGGAAAGGAGCCACUACUUUUACCUACAAUUCUUUCGACAAACACAGUCCUUAUGCAAGAUGGUGAAUCAGACCAAAAAAGUCAGUCAGAUUUUUUUCUAAUUCCUGUACCUAAAGGUGUGUGCACACCUUGUGUUAAAAAUGACUCCUCCGUUGAAAUCAUUAGACUAGAUAAAGAAGAGACAGAAGACGAACAAGACACUGCAAAAAUGGACUCAAGUUCUCUGCAAGAAAAUAUGAAUAUUUGCAUGCAGAAACCAAUAAGUUCCAAAACACAGACCACUUCAGUAGCUCUGAUUCACGCAGAAACUACAGAAAUUUCCAGCAACGGGGAAUCUGAAAAUGUAGAGUAUGUUUUAUCAAAAGCAGAAAAGAAUACUUCUGAGCUACAGCAUUCACUUUCAGUUACUCCAGAAAUAGCAAAUCCUAAUGAGGCAAGAGUGCAAAGGAAAUCACAGUCUGAAGAGAGUGAUUCAGAUGGUAGCUUUAUUGAAGUGGACAGUGAAAUUAGUAAUGACACUGAGUUUCCAGGUGAAAUACUUAAAACAUCACAUGCUCCCUCUGAACCUGAUGAGACAUUGGCUAUUGAAGCAGCAGCUACAGAACUGGAGAAGGAAGGAGAUGAUGGUGCCACAGAGAACCUCCUUAAAGAUGCUGCUGAAGAAGUGCAGUUGACUAUUCAUCAGAAUACUGAAACCGAAAAAGACCGGGAAGAUGCAGUGAAUGAGUGGCAAGAUAUUAGUUUGGAGGAAUUGGAAGCUUUGGAGAACAACCUUUCUGUUGAGCAAAACAUGCUCCAGGCUCAAAAACAACAGCAAGAGCGUAUUGCUGCCACUGUAACCGGACAGAUGUUCUUGGAAACUCAGGAACUUCUCCGUCUGUUUGGUGUUCCUUACAUUGAAGCACCUAUGGAGGCAGAGGCUCAAUGUGCUGUCUUGGAUCUUACUGAUCAGACAUCUGGGACAAUCACUGACGAUAGUGAUAUUUGGCUAUUUGGAGCACGGCAUGUUUAUAAAAAUUUCUUCAGUCAAAACAAGUAUGUGGAAUAUUACCAAUAUGUGGAUAUUCAAAACCAACUAGGGUUAGACAGAAGCAAGUUAAUUAAUUUGGCCUAUUUGCUUGGAAGUGACUACACUGAAGGAAUCCCAUCUGUUGGCUAUGUAACAGCAAUGGAGAUUUUAAAUGAAUUCCCUGGGCCUGGAAUGGAACCUCUCUUAAAAUUCACUGAAUGGUGGACUGAAGCUCAGAAGAAUAAGAAAAUAAGACCCAAUCCACAUGAUACCAAAGUAAAGAAAAAACUGCAGCAACUGCAGCUGAGUCCUGGCUUCCCAAAUCCAGCAGUAGUAAAAGCUUACCUGAAACCUGUGGUGGAUGAGUCAAAGGGGUCAUUCAUCUGGGGAAGGCCUGAUGUAGAACAGAUCAGAGAAUUCUGUCAGAAUUGCUUUGGCUGGACUAGGACAAAGACCGAUGAAGCCCUUUUGCCUGUACUUAAACAGCUGAACUCACAACAGACUCAACUUCGAAUUGAUUCAUUCUUCAGACUAGCACAACAUGAAAAACAAGCCAUUAAGAGCCAGAGACUUCGAAGAGCUGUGACUUGUAUGCGGAGGAAAGAAAAAGAAGCAGCAGCUGAUGAGGCUACUGCUGUUGUAGAAAGAGAAUUUAAACACGGUGAGAAAACUAAAGGAAAAAUAGCUGUCCAAGGCACAACGGAUCGAGCUACUGCAGCACAAAGCCAAAGGGUAAAGAGGAAAAAACAUUCAAAGUCUAAAGAGGAGAGUUUCCAUGGAGGCGGUUUCAUUGGUGAGGUGCAGCUGUCAGAAGCAUCCAGUGGGUCUUCAGGAGAGGAUUCUGAAAGCGAAGUUUUAAGUAAGAGCAAAAGAGGAAAAAUUGUCAAGGAAUCAGCAGUUCAGAAAAACACAGUGAGACAGGAGGAAGACAUGAAUAGUAGCUCAAGUGGUGAGGAUGGGGAUGAAGAAAACACAGUCAUGGUGACUGCCCGGUCUGUGUUUGAGGGCAAAAAGGGGAAAUCAUGGCAUACGAGAGGAAGAAAAAAGAAAAAGUGCUAACUGGUUUUUUGUUUUAUGAUCAAAUCUUGAUUUGUAAAUACUCUAAUGAAUUCUUUGUAGAAAAAAAUAAAUGUAAAUUAUCCCUUA